UUCAUUUUUCAUUUUUUUCUUAUUAUUAAUUCUUAAUAUUAUUAAUAAUUGUCAAAUCAUCUCCCGAGCAAAUACCCGCACCCAAAGCCCAAGUAGGGUUCGUUCUUCUUCCCUGUUGAAUCAAUCCGACCCUGACCCAGAGAAAGAAUCUGCGUAGAGGAUCUGCGUUGAAUUUCUUCAGAAUUCUCCGGCGAUGGGGAGAGGGAAGUUCAAGGGCAAGCCCACCGGCCGCCGCCAGUUCUCCAACCCCGAAGAGAUAAUUGCUGGUACAUCCACUCGCCCUCGCUCCUUCAAGAAGGAAGAGGCUGAGGUUAAAGAAGAGGAAGAAGAAUCAGAGGAAGAAUCUGAAGAAGAAUCUGGGGAAGAAAGCGAAAAGCGGAAGGGAACCCAAAGCGUUAUUGAGGUUGAAAACCCAAACUCAGUGAAGCCAACGAAUGUGAAAGCUAAGAAUGCUGAUACUGGGAAAACAACCGAACUCUCGAGGCGAGAAAGGGAAGAGAUAGAGAAGCAGAGAGCCCAUGAAAGGUACAUGAGGCUGCAGGAACAAGGGAAAACAGAGCAAGCCAGGAAAGAUUUAGAGCGUUUAGCCCUUAUUCGUCAACAGAGAGCAGAAGCUGCCAAAAAGCGAGAAGAGGAGAAAGCGGCCAAAGAACAGAAGAAGGCCGAAGCUCGGAAAUGAUCGUCUCUCCGAGGUUUCGCGCAGAGGAGAUUAUCGUCCUCUCAUGUAUGAGAACCAAAAUCUAUACAGUGCUUGCAGAAAGCUCUUGCAGAAAGCUCUUGCUGGUUGAUAGUCAAGACUGAUUUUUCAGCGUUAGCAACUGUCCACACAUUUAUGUUUUUACCUUGACGAACCAGAAGCAUUUCCGACUACAAUUACAAUUUCAAUGUUAUACCAUUGGAAAUGAUAUUCUAGCAUUUCCUGGAUGAUAAUCAACUACUUUGAUAUAGUAGCUUUCCUGUACCCCCGUCUUGUCUUUU